AUGGUCUUGACCCGUUCGCGAUCUAACAACCAGGGCAACACUGCUCCUGCCCCAGUCCCAGCUCCCAAAAAAACUGCCCCCGCAACAAAGCGCAAGGCGUCCGCCUCAGCUGCCUCUGCUCCCAAGGUCACCAAGACCGACUCUACUCCCGACGUUGCCGCCGCUAAGGAAGUACAGCCAGCGCCAGCAGAAGUACGCCCCGCACCUGUUGAAACAGCGCCUGCCCCUGCUACUGCUGUUGCUGUUCCAGCUGACACGCCAGCUCCGAUCCCCGCGGCUGCUGCUACCACGGAGACAUCGGAGCCCACCAAGGUCCCCACACCCCCUCCUGCGAUUGCAGCUCCUGAGGCAUCGACCAUCCCAGCGCCUGUCGAAAUGCCUAUUGUUGCUGCCGCCGAGCCUGUGAUCGCCUCGUCCGAGGAGCCAACUCUCCACCACGUCAUCCACCCGUACGAUGUCGUUGUCACGGACAUUGAAGGUACUACCACGCCAAUUGUUUUUGUCAAGGAGAACUUGUUCCCCUAUAUUACCUCCAAGUUGGCCGAGUUCCUCCAAAGAAACUGGGCCAGUGAGGAAAUGAAGUCUGCCGUGGAGGCCCUUCGUGUUCAGGCUGCCAAGGAUGUUGCUGACGGUGUCGCCGAUGCAACCCCAAUUGCCAAGGAAUCUGCCGAGGUCACUGCUGAAAAGGUCCAGCAGAAUGUGAUUGCGUCCAUUGCAUGGCAAAUGAAGGCCGACCGCAAGAUUGGAGCCCUGAAAGCCUUCCAGGGAUAUAUGUGGAGAGAAGGAUAUAUCAACGGUGACUUGAAGGGAGCUCUUUAUGAGGAUGUCAUUCCUGCAUUUGACCAUUGGAGGGCCGAGGGUAAGAAGCUGUACAUUUACUCUUCUGGCAGCAUUGACGCCCAAAAGCUGCUCUUUGGAUUCUCGGAAAAAGGCGAUCUCCUCCACUACUUUUCUGGCCACUAUGAUACCACUAUUGGACUGAAAGUUAAUGCUGAGAGCUACGCCAAAAUUGCCACUGACAUUGGCCUCAGCCCCGCGCGCAUUCUUUUCUUGUCCGACAAUAUCCACGAAAUCGUGGCUGCCAAGAAGGCUGGCUUCCAGACUGUCAUCACUGAUCGCCCCGGCAACGCCCCUCUCACUACUGAGGAGCGCAAUGGCAACAUUGUCGUUAAGUCGUUCUUGGAGAUUCCCAAGUCCCAGUAA